UAUGUUGACUAAACCCAACCUACUCAUCAAGCACACACACACACACACACCCUCUCUCUCUCUCUCUCUCCUUCUCUUUCUGCAAUAGUCUUUGGUGAGACUUUGGGAGAUUCACUUUACUUUAGCUCUACAUCUCCCACCCGCAGUGCAUAGCAGAAGCCUUAACACCCUUUGUCCAUCUCUCUCUCUCUAUCUCUCUAUGUGCAUGAAACUGCUAAAAAUUUCUGCCAUCUUCUACUCAUCUCGUGUUCACACAAACCUAUGCAUAUAUGCUUGUUUCUAAUAUAGGACCUCAUCUCUUGGGCUUCACUUCAUGUGCCAGAAAGCAGUGCCCACACACCAACUUUCUGAAAUUUGUGCAGUCAACUUGGAGUUUGAAGGGCAUAUUUGCAGCCUUUUCCCCUCCCCUAAAUGGUGAUUGGAAUCAAAAAACUCAAUCAGAUUUUCACGGUGAAAAUUCCUUCUCCUAUGUGUUAAAGGGCUUGUAGGGCUCUGUACAGGAAACAUGAUGAGAUCCUUGUUGGCCCAAAGAUCAGAGGAUAAUUGGAAAGGGAAUGUCUCAGUUGUAUGAAGUAGUAGGUGGAAGAAAAGGGAGUCACAAAGAUGAAGUUCAUGAAACUUGGCACAAGGCCUGACACUUUCUAUACAGAAGAGGCUACCAGGACGGUGAGCUCAGAUGUGCCUAGCGAUCUCGUCAUUCGAAUCAACAACAUCACUUAUCUUCUCCAUAAGUUUCCACUUCUUCCAAAGUGCGGUCUCUUGCAAAGGCUCUUGACCGAUUCUGGUGAUUCGGACAAUGACUCUGUAGAGCUUCAUGAUAUUCCUGGAGGUGAAGAUGCUUUUGAGCUGUGUGCUAAGUUCUGCUAUGGAAUCACUAUUAAUCUCAGCGCCCAUAACUUUGUGCGAGCAUUCUGUGCUGCUAAGUUCCUUCGGAUGACUGAAUCGGUUGAGAAGGGGAACUUUGUUUUGAAACUGGAGGCUUUCUUCAAUUCAUGCAUUCUUGAAGGGUGGAAGGACUCCGUUGUCGCACUGCAGAGCACUGGAAAGAUGAUUGAGUGGUCAGAAAAUCUUGGGAUCACAAGGAGGUGCAUCGAUUCAAUUGUUGAGAAAAUCCUAACCCCCCCAGCAAAGGUAAAUUGGUCCUUCACUUACAGCAGACCUGGGUAUAACAAAAAACGUCACCAAUCUGUUCCAAGGGAUUGGUGGACGGAGGACAUAUCAGACCUUGACAUAGACCUGUUUCGGUUCAUAGUUACUGCCCUCAGGUCAACAAAUAUGGUGCAACCACAGCUGAUUGGUGAAGCGUUGCACGUCUAUGCCUGCCGUUGGCUACCAGACACUACAAAGAUUAGGCCUCCAGAGAGUUCAGCGUCUCUAGCCAACGAACCAGUGGAGAAGAACAGGCGAGUCCUUGAGACCAUUGUGAGCAUGAUUCCAGCAGACCGAGGAUCAGUUUCAGUUAACUUCUUGCUAAGGCUCCUCAGCACAGCAAGUUAUCUGGGGGCGUCUCCAGUGACAAAGACAGAACUCAUACGGAGAUGUGGUUUACAACUUGAUGAGGUGACAGUAGACGACUUGCUGCUUCCUUCUCACUUGUCUUCUGAUCAGUACUGUUACGAUAUUGACAUGAUUUCCGUAGUGCUUGAAAGUUUCUUGGUGCUAUGGAGAAUACAAUACCCUGCACCUUCUCAAGACAGCCAGUUCAUGAGAUCGAUUAGAAAGGUCGGGAAGGUUAUUGAUUGUUACCUUCAAGUGGCUGCAAAGGAUGCCAACAUGCCAGUGAUGAAAUUCAUAUCUCUUGCUGAAGCUCUGCCAGAUAUUGCACGGCCAAAACAUGAUGACCUGUAUAAGGCAAUCAACAUUUUUCUCAAGGAGCAUCCUGAUCUGAACAAGGCAGAGAAGAAGCGUCUUUGCCGGAUUCUGGACUGCCAGAAACUGUCCCCAGACGUAUGCGCCCAUGCUGUGAAGAAUGAACGUCUACCAUUAAGAACAGUGGUGCAAGUGCUCUUCUUCGACCAAGAGAGAGGUUUCAAGGCAACCAGCCAAAAACUGCCGCCCCGGGGGCUUCUCUCCAGGGCACAAGAGGCACCAUUCAGUGAAACUGUCCAAAGUAAACCAAAGUUACCUCCAGAUGAUCGAGCCAAUAGACAGGAGGGCACCAGAAGAGCCCCAAGUCCCGCCAUCCCUGAAAGAGACCAGCACAAAAAGUUACACCUCAAAUCAGAAAGAAACAUUGUAAUUAGCAGAGAACUGGGGGAAGUAGAGUCAGAGAAGGUAAGGGAAACCAGAGAAGAAGGAAUAUCAGGAAGCAAGAUGAAUCCAAGGAAGACAAUGCAGGGAAAGAGUUCAUCAGACCAUGGCCAUUACAAAGGUAGAGACAGGUAGUAAGCGAAGAAGAAACAUCUCAUGGUGCCCUCUGCACUCACUGUAAUUCUAUUUUUUUCUGUAACCAUCUAGCAUAAAGUGUUUGAUUCCAAAACCAUUUUCUCAUUACCUGUGGGGACUGUCCAAUAAAGGAUAGAGAUGGAUUGUGAUUUAUGCACUGUGAUUUCAGUGGGGAACAUUGUCAUGCCCAAAAAUUCAAUUGAUUAUUUGACCUUUACCCACUGUGGAAGUACUGGAUACAUCCACAAAGGGUUGUGUUCUUUC